CCGCAGCAGCAUCAGUAGUGCAACGCCGUCAAAGUGGCGUCUGACGACGGUGAGGAAAUGGGCGAGGUUGGUGCAAACGCCACGGAAACGACUGCAGCACCAACAGCAGACAGUAACAAUGAGCCAAAGGAAAAUGGUGAAGUGAAUGGUACGAGCGCUUCCAAGGCAGUAGCAGUCAAGGAAGAAGACACAUCCACACCAGCUGUUAACGAGGGGAAAACAGCUUCAGAUAAACCAUCCGACGAAGAAGCGGAGGAAGAAAAUGGAACAAGUGGUGAUGCGCUAGAGAAGAAAGCAAUCGGAGCGGGAAAGGAACCGUCAGCAUCUUCUGUAGCGGUGAAAAAGGAACCGUCAGCAUCUUCUGUAGCGGUGAAAAAGGAACCGUUCACCGAACCGGAGGAACAGAGCGAACAAAAGGAAAAGAAUAGCAAUAGUGAUAAUGCGGCAGUAGCGCCAUCUACCGAGGAACAGUCGCGCACUAGCGAUGGCCUGGGUAUGUCAGCCGAUGAUGAUACAAUGGAAAAAUCUGAUCUAGCAAGCCGUCAGGACGGCGAAACUAAGCAUUGUCAGGACGCGGAAGACAGAAAAGUGUCUCGGCCUGCCGGAUUGAAAACAGAACCAAUGGAUGUAGAUGAGGAGAGGGACAACAUUGUUGCUGGAGAAGAAGCUAAAAACGGCACGCGAAACGGUAAGGAGGACGUGACAGGGGCAAGCCUAGAUUCCAAAGCCGGUAUCAAGGAAGAGCAAGUUACGAACAUCGCCGAAGACGACGAACCAAUGGAAGUGGACGGUGAGAAAGAGCCGACCGCAACCAAUGGUCAUCAGGAAGCGAACGUGCAGGAAGAAGAAGAAGAAGAAGCGAUCGUACGGGCGGAAAAACUGAGCCGAAUGAAAACUGAAGCAAUGGAGAACGAUAUAGAUGACAAACCUGUCAGUAUUAAUUCCGACUCCGAAGGUGAAGAAGAUCCACAGCACAGGCACGAUUCGCUCGAUGAGAAAGUACGGGAACCGGUCACUACUACUUCUAUCACUGCAACUAAAACGGCAAAAUUAGCCAAUGUGAUCCAGGCGGAUGCGGGUGGAAUGGCAAAGCUAGGCGGUGCUACCGCAGGAGAUGUGUCGGCUGGUACGAAGUGUUCUGUUGGUGACAAUGUACCUAGCAACGGUGUUGCGAAUGUUGCUACCAGCAACCAGAACGGUGACUGUGAUGGGGAUUUAACGAUCCUGAGCGAUAAAGAGGACGAUUGUGUGGUGAUUGAGGACGAUGAUGGUGAUUCGGACGAGUCGAUGCCCUCCAGUGCUAACAAUUCCACCAGAGGCAAUAUUGUGCAGCAGCAGCAAAUGCGAAAGUCAGAGGGUCCUACAUCGCUCGUGAUGGGCGGAGGUUCAAUGAACGCUGCCGCAAUUAUCGCCCUGCAACAACAGCAGCAGCAGGGUCAGGGUGCUGCAUCAUCAUCCGUGGGCGAUGAAGACGAUGAUGAUGAUAUUGAGGAAAUCAUCGAUGAUCCUCUGUCGUUGAAUUCGGCUAGAAAUCUGUCCUCGGGACGUUCCUCGGUCGUUGGUGGCUACCAAGCCAAUGCUACCAACUUCAAGAACCAGGGUCAAAAAUCGCUUCUGAUGAACAACAGCGCUACCGGUGGUGGCAAAGAACCAACACUCGUGCUAAUCGAUACCAACACAAUGAUGAACAAUGGUGGCUCGCAUAGAAACACCGCGACAAAUCUUGGUGUGGCAGGAUCGCCCACCGUAAACAGUAAUGCGGCAAAUCUACUCGCAAAGGCUAGUAAUGCUGGAAUCCUUGCGACCGCAAACGCCGUUGGGCAAUACAAUGCACGCAGCCUACUCAAUUCACCCGGCAUGCCCAACCCAACAUCUGGUGGUGGAAUCGUUAACCAUCAGGGCGCAAUGCUAGGAAAAACGGGCCCAUCGGCAUUGACCCCUGUGACGCCUCUUCUUCCCGCGCUUACGGACGAUAUGUUUGUGCUGGAAGCACCUUCGUUCAUCGUGCCGUAUAUCUACGAGAAGCCACCGGAGGACAAUCUGCGUGACAUCGUGGACGAGCUGGAGGAAACCAUUAAAGAGAUGCGUAAGAAGCUGGUAGAGUCUGGUGUAGUGCUACCAUCAUCCGAGAAGCAGCCUAACGACUCGACCAUGGCCGCGCAGACUGGUAAACAGCAGGAAGAGAGCGGAAAGAAGGACACACUUGCCUCAAUUUACGGCGGUGACAAAGAGUCGGAUAAAAACAAAUACAACAAAAAACGGAAACGAAACAACGACGACGAUGACGAUUGGGACGAGCUGGAAACGUCCACCGACGAUGAAGCGUCGGACGAGGAGCAAAAGACGAAGGUACUGAUCAAGGAGGCGAAAGCCGAUAUCGAGGCGAUCAAGGAGCACAUCAUCUCGCCAACCGACAAGGAUGACCUCAGCACUGGUGGCGCGGCGAACGAUCCGAAAAAGUCGGAAAAUUACUUUGAAAAUCCGCUCGGCAAAUUCUUCAUGAACAUCGGCAUCAAUCUGGUGCAGGAAUUCGUGCAGACGGAUCUGUUGCGGCAGCAGAAGCGUAAGCGCGAUCGGGAAGGCAAACCCUCGCCAAGCACCCAGCUGGCCAUAAAUUCGCUGAUGAAGAAUCUCGAACAGAGCAAGGAAAACAACAAACCGUACAAGUUCGAGAUGAAGCGGUGCGAGUACUGUCCGUUCAAGUCGGAAUCGGCGCUGGUGAUGGCGCACCACUACGAAACACCGCACAUGCGCAACUUCAUCUUCAAGUGUAACUUCUGUGCGUACGAAACGCGGCCGCCGCACGACAUACUGUACCACAUGGAGGCGGUGCACAACAUUAAGGGGCGGAUGGAGAAGGCACUGUCGUACCAUCACUGUCCGAACUGUCCGUUCGAGGAUAAUGGGAAAUCGAAGCUGGCCCGGCAUGCGGUCGCCUGCGCGAAGAAGUUCCGGCCGGAGUUAAACCUCAAUCCGCCCGUCGAUUGGGAACCGCCGGCAAAGAUUCCGCGCAUCAAACCGAAGCACGGACUAGUCGGAACGGCUACUGCUUAUCAGGCCAUGACAGCCCAGCAGCAGAAAAACAUUGCCCUCGCCAAUCAGCAGCGCAUCAAUCAACAGCAGCAGCAGCAGCAGCAGGUCGUCACAACGCCGGCCCACCUCCAGCAACAGCACCUAGCGCACGGUCAGAUUCAACAGCAGCAGCUUGCCGGCGUUGGUCAGCAGCAUCUUGGGUUGGCCGGUGCGAAUGCGGCCGUCACACUAAACAACGUCGCACUGGCAAACCUUUCGCCAGCGGCACAAGCGGUCGCAAUACGGGCCCGUGCGGCCGGCGUUGCUGGUGCCGGAUCCGUUGCUGGCGGUGGUCGUGCCCCAGCUAUCAUUCCCUCGCCGACGGGUAUUACCGGGGCGGCAGGUGGUGGUGUGCGAACGGCCGGUGGUGUUGGUGGUGGCGUCGGCGGCGGCGGAGCCGGUGGUAUGAAUGUGAAUGCGCUCGCUGCGUCGGCUGCCGCCCUGCGGAACACGCUCGCCGGUGCAGGAAUGGUAAUACCCAAUAACCUUCAGCUUUCGGCAUCGGCUUUGGCCGCUGCUGCUGCGGGAGGAUUUAGUAAAUAUCUGCCGAAAUCAAUCAACGCCGGACGAUCUCUUCUAACCAAUUCCAAUGCCUCCAUCACGAUACAGAGUGCGUCCAGCAUGAAAGCGACAAAGACGGCCCAGGCACCAAGCAUCUCGAUAACGCCCCUUCCGCGGCAAUCGGCUGCAAACAGCAACAGUGCGGCCGUCGCCAACAUGUCCAAUAUUGCCGGUGCGCUCUCGAAACUGCAGGCCCAAGGUACGUCCGCAGUGAAGCCGGGUCAAAAUCCAAGCGGUGGCAAGAUGGCGUUCGUGGUAUGCGAGAUCUGCGACGGAUACAUCAAGGAUUUGGACCAGCUGCGCAAUCACAUGCAGUGGAUACACAAGGUUAAGAUUCAUCCCAAGAUGAUCUACAAUCGGCCGCCCCUCAAUUGCCAAAAGUGUCAGUACCGGUUUUUCACCGAUCAAGGUCUCGAAAGGCAUUUGCUAGGCUCGCACGGCUUGGUAACUAGCUCGAUGCAGGAGGCCGCCAACAAGGGCAAGGAUGCUGGUCGCUGUCCAGUGUGUGGCAGAGUGUACCAGUGGAAGCUGCUCAAUCACGUAUCUCGCGACCACAACAUGACCCUGAAACCUGCCCAUCUUUCGUACAAAUGUACCGUCUGUACCGCCACGUUCGGCAUGUACAAACAGUUCGAAAGCCACGUCUAUUCUGCGCACAGCACGGUGGCAAAGAAGACGGCCGACGGCAAAAGCAACAGCAAGGGCGGUGGUGGUGGCCAGCAACAAAGCUCAUCGGGCAUGGGAGGGGGUGGUGGUGGAUCAUCUUCUUCCGGUGGCGGGUUGAGGAAUUCGUUCGGCGGUGUUGGUGAUUCGCUGCUGAAACCGCUCAAGAUUAACGACGAAAUUACCAUCAUCCCGCAGCCGACAUCGAACAGCAGCAAGAUGGCAAAAACGAUCGAGCUAGAAAGUCAUGUCAUAGAUUAA